AUGGAAGAAGAACAUUUGCACCACAGACACAAAACCAACAACUACCUUUCCGAUCAACAACGAAACCACCUUUCAAAGGGCUACAGUGCUUGCGUUGGAGAGUCUCAUCAUCACUUUCAAGAACAAGAAGGCCACCAAUUAGGUGGUGCAGAAGGAGCAUGGACCUUUUCUUCAACCACAGAUCCCAUCAAUUCCACUUCGGCUCCUUCCAUUUCUAUCAUGGAGGAGGAUGAUAAUCCCUUCUCCUUGUCCGUGCCAUUCAAUGCGAAUGAAAGUACAAAGAAUCGUUGA